AUGUCCAAGCAGCUCCAGUACAAGCUCGUCCUUCUCGGCGAAUCGGCUGUUGGCAAGUCCAGUCUUGUCCUACGAUUCGUCAAGGACCAGUUCGACGACUAUCGGGAAAGCACCAUCGGAGCUGCUUUCUUGACACAGACUGUCGCGCUUGACGAUGGUACCACUGUCAAGUUCGAGAUCUGGGAUACGGCUGGACAAGAACGGUACAAGUCUCUGGCGCCGAUGUACUACCGCAAUGCCAACUGCGCUGUAGUAGUGUAUGACAUCACGCAGGCUGCUUCACUGGAGAAGGCACGGAACUGGAUCCGGGAGCUGCAAAGGCAGGCAGACCCGAGCAUUGUGAUCGCGCUAUGUGGGAACAAAGCAGAUCUAGCAGCCCGCCGCCAAGUCAGUCAGGAGGAGGCGCAGAAGUACGCGGACGAGGAAGGCCUCAUGUGGACCGAGACGAGUGCCAAAACCGGCGAGGGCGUUGCGGACAUCUUUACAGCCAUUGCGAAGAAAUUGCCAACUCUUUCCCCUCCCGCGGCAAGAGGAGCCGCUGCGCGUACUGGGCCGGCAGGGGGCCGUGCUGGCGUCGAUCUCAACUCGAAGACAACCACGCCCUCCGGCGAGCAGUGCAACUGUUAG